AUGUGAUGUGAUCGGGAACAUGGCGGAGGGCUGUGCAUGGUUGUUGGUGCUAAGCACUGUAUUUAUUUGCAAUCUCUUUAAAAUCCUGCUUCCUUCUUUUUCUUCAAUUAUAUCCAGGCUGCUACAGAAGGAUGCUGAACACGAGCAUCAGAUGAGAUCUGAAAUUCAAAGCAUGAGACAAGAGCUAUCUAGUUUUAGUAUGAUGGAUGAAUUUGCCAGAUAUGCAAGGUUGGAAAGAAAAAUUAACAAGAUGACUGACAAACUUAAAACACAUGUAAAAGCUCGGACAGCUCAGCUAUCAAAAAUCAAGUGGGUUAUCAGCAUUGUAUUCUAUGUCUUACAGGCAGCCUUGAUGAUUUCUCUUAUAUGGAAAUAUUAUUCUGAGCCAGUGACCGUGUUACCUAGUAAAUGGAUUGCACCGUUGGAGCGUCUAGUGGCUUUUCCCACAGGAAUUGCAGGUGGAGUUGGAAUUACAUGCUGGCUUGUGGUCUGCAACAAAGUUGUGGCAAUAAUGCUUUACCCCAUCAGCUAAGAACGAAGGACAUGCUCAAUUGCAGUAUUCAAAUAGCUAAAUAUAAACAUGAGCAUGCAAACUUAACAUUCCAUGUGUAAAAGACACAGGACGAAAAUACUUCAGAUAUCUUUUUUUUGUUUAUAGUGUGAUUAAACUAUUUAUUCUAUUGUACAAAAAACAUGUACAUUUAUUCUUUUUUGAAAUCAGUGGCAUUUAGAAAUGUUCAAUUCAAUGUGAAAUAAAAGUGCAUGGCUAUUCUGAAAUUAUAA